AUGUCUGUGAAGAACGGUGCCACAUAUGAUGCCCUCAUCCUAGGACUGGUGAAGUUCAUGAACUUUGACAGAGCGUGGGAGAUGUUCGAUGAGAUGAGAAAAGAUGGCCACCAAGCAAGUCUGGCCACCUACAACUCCCUGCUGUUUGUCAUUGGCAACACCGCCGUGCCUGAUCCCUGGAGCAGGGCCAUGUCUCUUGUCCAGCAAAUGAACCUGGAGCCAGUUGUCAGACCCAACAUCACCACAAUGAACCUGCUGCUGGAGAUAAGCUCCCAGACUGGGUCCUCCUCAGCUGCUAAACGCUCACUUCAGACCUUCAGAGAAUCACUACACCUUGGCCUAGAACCCAACCUUACUACCCUCCUGGCUCUUCUGAGGGCCCACGUAAAGGCCCUGGAUGGGUCAGUGUUGUAUGACAUCACGGACUACCUCGAGCAGAACCAGCACAUCCUAAAGAUAUCUGACACACAAGACAUAUUCUUCUUCACUGUGGCGAUGACAACGGCCAGGAACAUGCUGGACCACGAACUAGCCAUGAGGCUGAGGAGACUGUGCAACCGUGACAACUGGAUGCUCUGUCAGAACCUCACCCUCUUCGUUUCCUACUACCUGACCACCAUCACUGGUAGAGUCCCUAUAGAAACCCUCAAGGAAGAAUACAGUCAUUUCGUACCCGAUGUUGUUCUACCGAUGGAAUGGGUGUACGGAGUCAUGUUCAGAGCCUGCGAGGAACAAGAGAACCUGGGAUUUGCCCUCGAGUUAUGGAACCACAUGUUGAGGUACCAUGUCAGUAUAGCCAGUGUGGAGACUCUGUCUCGGUUCUGUGGAGCCAUGUCCAAGAAAGUGUUUCCCUCGGAGGUUGAUGCUGUACUGCAGGCUCUGCUGAAGGCCUGGGACAAGGCCGUGGACAUAAAAGUCACGCCUCCGUCAGUAAUGAUUGCUCAGAUCAUCAGACUAUACUGUAUGAAGCAGAACCUGCGCAAGGCCUGGGAGUACUUUCAAUACUUUGAGAAGUACGACAGAAAGCCAACGUUCCAGGCCCUGGUGUCUCUGCUGAAGGCCUACUCCACUGACAGAGAUGUGGAGAAGACAGUCGAGGUUCUGAGGCUCAUUCUGAGGCACAAGAUGGUCCUCCCGACCACAUUCGUGAGGGAUGUCUGCUGGAGAGCUGGAGUCCCAGAGAACGUCAGGAGUAAGCUGGUCAGUCAGUUUUCAAGAAAUGAAACAGCUAGCGGCGACGACAGUGAUAAGAAAUCAGCUUCAGAAACCAGAGAUUCUGACACUGAGCUGCCAGGGAGCUAACUAUUGGGGUGUGUAUUAUCUCAUGCCAUUAUAAAAAUAAUUACAUUCUAUAUACAAAAACGCGCGAAAAAAUUAAUAUCAACGUCUAUGUGGGGUAGUAGAUGUGGAAGAAAUGUCGGGGCUUAUGUCGAGAGUGGUCACCCUGAUUUUCAUCUGGUUGUUUCUGACGUAAUGUUUCAACUCUGCGUGUCGGAUGUAGUUGUACUCUGCACUGGAGCCCACGCAACUCUCCUCCGGCUUGGAGCGCACGCUCUCGUUCACGUACUCGUGUUCCCACGUCCCUGUGCUCUGGUUCUGAGCGUGGACGCAGAGCCGUGUGCGGACAUCCCAGGGAAGCUGGUCGCUGUGCGAAUCGAGCAUCUUGUACAGUCUGAGUGAGACGUGGGUUCCGUACCCUCUCAGUACACCAUAGGGGGAGAUACCGAGACACAUCUUGUAGCCUCCCUGGUGUGUGUGAAAUGGCGGACUCCGCCACUCCAACUGAUGGUUCUUCAGGGCCUCAAAGUUGGUCACGACAAACUCGACAGGAGGGAUGGUGCAGGGGGUGGCAUCUAACUGUCGUUGGAGGUCGAGGAGGGAGGACCGGAGGGUGCCGACAGAACCAGUGAGGGAGUUUUCCGUUCGUGAUACAUGCACCUUCACCUCAGACGCUAGUUUUUGCUCCACUUCUGCCAGUUUGCUGCUGGUUGACUCCCUGAGGCUUCCAAUGCUCCUCUUCAGCUCUCCCUCCAUCGCAGCUAGCUGGGACUGGAGCUGGACAAUUUCUGCAUCCUUUUCGUCCAGUUUCUCCUUCAGCUGCCGCGUGAGGGUGAGGUUUGCCGCACACAUGUUGACGAGAUGCUCCAUUUUACCCUCUUCCAUGUGUCCUCCUACGUCCCUACGGCGGAGACGCUUCGUGCAGCCGAGGGCGGCAUACUCGCAGGCCACCUCCUCAGAGAGACACACUAACCUGUGUUGGUCCAGCUGGCAACGAGGAACAGCCCCCACCUCACACCCAUUGGGACAAGGCACAGGGAGUUGGUCACAUGUUUCGUUGUGUUCCCCUUCUUCCUCCUUAUACCCGGUGUGGUUGCAGUAGACACACGUCCACGGUUGUUUCGGGCAACCGGCGACGUGGUAGCGGAGGUUUCCCAGCUGACCCACCCACUGGCAGCCGCCCGGGGCUCUGUAGAGACAGCGAACCUCAGUCUCGUUCACGCUGCGCCGGUGGAACUUGUCCGGAUGGGUGGUGAGCGGCUCCUUGCACAUGGGGCACGGGCUCUUCUCUCUCUUGAGGCGCUCGGCGAUGGCCGAGGCGAAGUGAUGUCCGCAGCAUUCGGUUUGCUGCGGGUCGAGCAGUAGCUCCAUGGACACGGCGCAGAAGAAAUGGUCGGGAGGCUUGGUGACGAAGUCAUACUCGUAGCCAGGAGGGAGAGGGUCCUGGAGUGGAGCAACACCAGCGCGGGGAGUCGGGGGACUUGGCUGGGGAGGUGGAGAAGACAUGUUUUGCGCGUCUUCAUCCACGCACUUUUCUUCCAUUUUCCUCCACGAAAAAAGUGGGUGGAGUUCGUAAGCACACGUGACGAGCUCGGACACAAGAUCGAAGAGAGAUGGAUGUUGUGAAGCUCCUGCUGCUGGGCUUUUGCUGCCUAGCUAGCGCUCAGUACGAGCCAAACUGGGACUCCCUGGAUGCGCGCCCGUUGCCGGCCUGGUACGAUCAGGCCAAGUUCGGCAUCUUCAUCCACUGGGGCGUCUUCUCCGUGCCGAGCUACGGCGGCGGGGAGACGGGGAAGGGGGCCAGCGAGUGGUUCUGGUGGGACUGGAAGGGCGCCAAGGAGUCGUGGGCAGUUGACUUCAUGGAGAGAAACUACCUUGCGACCUUUACCUACCCCGACUUCGCUCCCCAGUUCAAGGCAGAGCUGUUCUCUCCGGGCGACUGGGCUCAAACGAUUAUGGAUUCCGGAGCCAAGUAUGUUGUGUUGACCAGCAAACACCACGAGGGGUGGACAAACUGGCCCUCAAAUACAUCUUGGAACUGGAACGCCAUGGCCGAAGGUCCACACAUGGACCUAGUGGGCUCUCUGGCGCAGGCUAUUUCGGCUUACCCAGCUCUGCGAUUCGGUCUCUAUUUCUCACAGUUUGAGUGGUUCAACCCUGUCUACUUGGCCGACAAGGCCGGAGGCUUCAAGACACAGAACUAUGUGGCUGAGGUGAGUAUGCGUCAGAUGUAUGAGAUAGUGGAGCAGUACAAGCCACAAGUGGUGUGGUCCGAUGGAGACUGGGAGGCUCCCUAUACCUACUGGAACAGCACCGAGUUCCUGGCCUGGCUCUACAACGAGAGUCCGGUGAAAGACGAAGUGGUGGUGAACGACCGCUGGGGCCAGGGCUGCGCCUGCCACCACGGAGGGUACUACACCUGCUCCGACCGCUACGACCCUCAUACUCUACAGAAACACAAGUGGGAGAAUGCCAUGACAAUAGACAAGUACUCCUGGGGAUUCCGAAGAGAAGCCACCAUCGACCAAUACCUCUCCAUAGAGGAGCUCGUCUCUGAGCUUGUCGUCACUGUCAGUUGUGGUGGUAACAUGCUCAUGAACGUUGGUCCCACUCACGAUGGGAGGAUAGCACCCAUUCUCCAGGAGAGACUUGAGCAGAUGGGGGCUUGGCUGAAGAUAAAUGGUGAAGCAAUCUACAACACAACUCCAUGGACCUACCAAAACGACUCUGUCAAUGCCAAUGUCUGGUACACAGAGAACAAAGAGACCAUGUCAGUGUAUGCUCUCUUCCUGAAAUGGCCGACCAACUACAACCUGGAGCUGGGGUCAAUCUACCCCGCUCCAAACUCGACUGUGACCCUCCUGGGGUACCCCACUCCACUCAAGUGGGAAGUCACUUCCCCCACCAUCCUCGUCAAGCUCCCGUCUCUCCCUCUGGACUCCACACUCCAGUGGGGCUGGGCUCUCAAGUUCCACUGACACACUCUAAUAGUUGCUCUACACUGUAGCUAGCAUCAUGUGUACAUGAACCUCCUCGUCCUUGUCUAUUAUUAUGUGGAAUUGUAUAUAG